GCUUCGUGGUUUUUCUACUUAUUGCCCUUUAUGUUUAUGCCUACUUAAUUAAGCCAGUUUUAAGCCGUAUAAUUCCAAACAAAAAGAAAAGCAAAAAAGAACAAGACGAUGACAACGAGAACGAAACGCCGCGCCAAUCACUAAACCAACCACCAAUAAUCGUAAUCCCCCCUCAACAACCACUCCCAACACCCAACUAUUAUCAACCUCCGCAAAUUUCCCCAGUUUUAAAAGGACCACGAACCCACGCCAAACAAAAAGAAAAGCAAAAAACGCCAGAAAAGCAAAAAGAAAACGCCCUAACUCCCAAUUUUUAUAUAUUUG